AUGGGCGAUGAUGCGGGUAAUCAAAAACUUUUAGAUGAGCUAUUAAGUAAGCUAGGCGGUAACAUUCCCCUAGAAGAUUUGUCAAAUUCAUACUCAGAGCAAAGCCCAUAUAGUGAACAAACUCCAGCUCAGAUGCAUGAACAGCUACUGUAUGCAAGCCAUCGAUCAAAUAGUCAGAGUAAUAUGACCGAAGCACUUAAUUCUAAUAAUCCACACUCCUUUGUAAAUACUAUUCAUGAUGAUCUAUAUCCUAGCCUUAAUGAGACCCUACCUGAAACAAAUAACACAAUGCCAAAUAACAGUGCUAUGCUGCCUCUCAAUUUAGAUGAGGUAUUAAAAACAGAAAAUAUCAAAGCUAACCCAGCCGAUGAUAACCUAGUUUCUUUUUUGUUUGACUUGACUAACCAAGAUCCUCCUGUUUCAUUAAGUUCUAGUCUCAAUUCAGAGGCUUUAAGUUCAUCACUCUCCAACUCAUAUAUUAUGCCCUCCCAACUCUUGGAUGGUGGUCACAGUUUUGAGAAAUCUCUACCUUCUGGAAGCUAUUUGGAAAAACUAAGAUCACCAGGUGUAUACGGAUCUCCUGCGCCGAUUAGAAAUGCGAGCCUUAAUAACAUGUCAUCUUUGUCUACAAAUAUGGGCACGAUGAAUUUCGGAGAUACACCUCCAUCUUCGGGGGGUGCAAAUGGUAUAUCAAGAACUGCCAUGUCCAAGUCAAUGACAGAAGAUGAAAGGAGAAAAAAGCGUAAGGAGUUUCACAACGCAGUUGAAAGACGUAGAAGAGAACUGAUCAAACAAAAAAUACGAGAAUUAGCGGAAUUAAUCCCAUCCACCGUUUUGAACUAUGAUGAGGCAAGGGAAAAAAUAAGACCCAACAAAACCUCUAUUUUAAAUAGUACUGUGGAUUAUGUAAGAUUUUUAAAUGAUAUAUUGAAAUCUCAAGAGGAGCAGAGGUUAAGAUUACUUCAAGCUUUGCAAGGUUUGACGCUUGAGGCUGAUGCAAAGGGAGGUGCAGAGUCAGCAAAGCGCCAGCUAGUGGACAAUACUUUACCUAACGUUAAGAGCAAUCCUAUUGUAAAUUCUAAUUUCGUAAAGGAACAGUUUUAUGUGGACGACUUUUCUCAUCUGGACAAGGACUUACAACAAUUCUUAUCAGGACAUCUUGGUGAAGCAUCCGAUAAUGCCCAACUAAUGGCUGAUGAUGGGCAAGCUGGCUUGGAUGACUUUCUGCUUGAUCUUAAGAAGCAAUGA